UCCCCCACUCGCCCCAUAAUCCUUCUUGCAGAAGCUGUGCUUGUAAUUCAAUCCUCAUGCAGUCUUCUUUUUUAAUAAAAAGAAUCCAAAUUUACCAUAAGGAGGAGAGAUGAUGCUUUGCUGGGCGAGCAGGGGGACAGCAUAGAAUCAGUGCAAGGAAGGAGGCACAGGGAAUGAGGUUAAAAAGAGUCUGGUGUCUCCAGGGAAAGGGUUUGCAACUGCCAAUGCACUGUGAGAAGCAGCUGCCUUUGUUCGUGUGCAGCAGAGGGCGGAGUCCUGCAACGCCCAUGGAUUCCAGCUGUGAAAGACGACAUGUAUGGGCAUGGCAGGCGGUAAUUGCUUUGACAGAUCAGUUGCUCUUGUAGCGCACACCCAACUGUACUCUCCUCAGACACCCUCGAAGCUUUUUGGAAGGUGCUUGGGUCUCUCCGAGUCUUCGCCAUGUUCCUCGUUCAGGCUUUGUUGGACACUGCUACCAGUGGCGGUGGUGGCGGUGGUAGCGCUGGAGGAGCCCUUCUGAGAAGCAUUGCAGGAGGCGGAGGAGGUGGUGGUGCUGGCGGAGCCCUACUGAGAAGCAUUGCAGGAGGAGGUGGCGGUGGUGCUGGUGGAGCCCUCAUGAAAGGCCUCGGAGGUGGAGGCGGUGCUGGGGGAGCCCUGGUGAGAGGCCUUGGGGGGCUCUUGGCAGGAGGAGGAGGAGGUGGCGGAAGCAAAGCGGGGAACAUUGUGGGGAUCGUCGGGGGAAUCGUCAACCUCAUCAGCGAAGCGGCAGCUCAGUACACUCCUGAGCCGCCACCGACCCCCCGCAGCCAUUUUGCAAAUGUGGAAGCCAACGAGAGCGAGGAGAUGCGCCAGUUCCGCCGCCUCUUUGCCCAGCUGGCUGGCGACGACAUGGAGGUGUGCCCCACGGAGCUGAUGGAAAUCCUCAACAAGGUGAUGGCCAGGCACCAGGACCUGAAAGGCGGGGGCUUCAGCCUGGACACCUGCCGGAGCAUGGUGUCCGUCAUGGACAGCGACACCACGGGCAAGCUGGACUUCUACCAGUUCAGAUACCUGUGGAACAACAUCAAGAAGUGGCAGUGUGUCUUCAAGCAGCACAUGGGCCCGGCGGGGACCAUUGAAAUGGCCCGGCUGCCUGACGCCUUCAAGGCCGCCGGCUUCCACUUGCACGAGCAGAUCUAUGCGCUGAUCAUCCGCCGGUACGCCGACGAAGACGGCAGCAUGGAUUUCAACAACUUCAUCAGCUGCCUGGUGCGCCUGGAUGGCAUGUUCCGAGCCUUCAAGUCCCUGGACAGGGCUGGCGAUGGCAAAGUCCAGAUGAACAUCCAGGACUGGCUGCAGUUGACCAUGUACUCUUGAAAGCAACCCAGGGGGCAGGGAGGAGAAUCCGGCACUCAUUCCCAGCUUCAGGCUGCAAGCGCUACUUUUUAGUUACAUAAGCUGGACUCUGUUCCUUUCUGGAAACGAGGCAGGCUGACUCUCUCGUGCCAUCGCUACAUUUUAGGCUUGCCAGGGAGAUAGGCAAGGUAGGGGAGGUUGUACACUUACAUCUGGCAUUACUCAAGAUGCUCAUUUUAGCUUUGUUGUCUAUGAUUUGCACCGUUUUCCUUUAAGUGCUUUUGUUUAAAUAAUGAGAAUGGCUGGUGUGUUUUAGAAAUGCAUUGUUUAUCAUUUUGGGAGCAUGGAUACACUUUUUUUGUGUAAGCUGUACUCGUGUCUAGGACCAAAACUGUGUAUUUUAAAAAGUGUCUAAAUUGGGCAGAGAAGACUGUUCCUUUUACAGGCAGCAAUAAUAUGUUGAAGGGUGUGGGAUGUCUCUGAUAUAUAGUUAUACUGCAGGAAAAUGCAUCGCUGUAUGGUGCAGGGCAGAACCCCUGCCCCCUCCCAAAAAAUCCUCCUCAAUCUUUCCCCUCUGCAGAUGUUUACUGUACACCAUCAGGGGCUUGCAGAGACCAGUUCCCAUUCCCAUGUCACCUCCCAUUUUCAUUCCUCCCCCACCAACAGACACCUCAUCAUACUAUAUUCGCUAGCUUGUUUUUGGGUGGUGCUGUUCCUCUUCUGAAACGUGACUGGCACUCGGCCACCCAAGUCCGCUGUUAGCUGGAAUGCUGUAAACUUCGACACAGGAAUGGGUACUGGGGGGGGGAGAGCAAGUUGCAAGCUGAGCAAAGUUGUAGUCUGUAGCUUUUUGUUCAGUGUUUUGCGUCAUUUUGCCCAAGGGCACAUUUGAAUCCCAAGCAAGCACUGACAGAGUAGAUAUUCGGCUAAUUCAUGGCCAUGAAGGGGUGAAAAUAAGGGCGAAUAAACUUGGAUCAUAGCAACAAAGAAAGAGGUUUCUGCCAUUUAUUUGAUCAUGUUGCAGCUUGGUAUGACCCGGGGGGGGGGGUUGAGAGAAACCUAUUUUUGCACUCAGCAAUGCAAUAACUUGAAAACUGGGAGGGUGUGGGGAAACCCUCGUUGAUGUUUAUAGUGGAAUAGAGCCCAGGGCUUCAGAUCCCUGGGUGAUACCUCAUUUCUUCUUAAUGCUUUCUUACUUUAAACCAGAGCUGGGGAACCUUUGACCCUGGGAGAUGCACGUGGCCCCCCAGACCAUUCUUUCUGGCCCUCAGGACUCUCACCUUUCCCCAGCUCUGCUUUGCACCCUCCUCUGUUGUUUUACACCUGACAGAAAUCUGUCCUUGACCUGUGAUCAUGCCUCAAGUAGCUGUUUUUGAAACAGGAGCCAUCAAUGAGACCUCAGCUGGUAACCUGGUCGCUGCAUUGUGAACCCGUCGAAGUUUCCAAAUUGCCUUCAAGGGCAGUUUCAUGCAGAGUAACUUGCAGUAGGUCAAUGUGAGAUGCUGGGCAAUGCAUCUUUCACCUUCUGCAUGCAGAGAUGCUCUGCCACUGAGCUAUAGCCCUGUCCAUAUAUGAACAAAGGAAGCCAGGUGCCUUAUACCAAACCAGGUUCUUUCUCCAUGGCACCACAUUGGCAUUGCAAUAUGCAGCUACAUCGCCAGUCUACAUAUUUGACCUUCUACCUUUGAGGAUGGGGGAGAAGGAAAAGAGGUGCA